AUGGACUCCCUAGGUGGUGGCGGUUUCGGCAACGCCGACUUGAGCAAGCUGUCCGACCGCGACAAGCAGGAACUGCAGCAAUUCGCUAUGAAUGAGGGACAGAAGGCUAGGAUUCAAUCUUCGAUACACUCCCUCACCGACACAUGUUUCCGCAAAUGCAUCCCCGCGGGUACCGUCAAGGCGGGCAAAUUGGACAAGUACGAGGAGCCGUGCAUGCGGCAGUGUGUGGAUCGGUUCUUGGACGCGAAUAUGGUUGUGCUGAGGGAGUUGGAGAGGUUGAGGGGAUAG